AUGUCGGGGGACGCGCUGGCCGGAGCACAAGAGGACCCGGAUCAGUGGAUCGGGAGCGCUGUCCCCGAGCAGCCCGACGCCGCAGCCCCAGGUGCCUGUUGCGGGGCAGAGCCCCCGCCCCAGGAGGGCUCCGUGACCGUGGUGCUGCGUGUGAGGCCCCCCAACCCCCGGGAGCGAGCUGCAGCCGCCAUCCUGCACGUCCUGAGCGAGCACGCGGUGCUGUUCAGCUCCGAGGAGCCCGGCGGCCCCGGAGGCACCGGAGGCACCACACCGCCCGGCCGCAGCCCCCGCCGCCGCCGCAGGAACCUCGAGUUCGAGUUCGACCGCGUUUUUGACGAGAGGGCCACGCAGGAGGAGGUGUUCCAGCACACCACGCUGCCUCUGCUGGACACCCUCCUCGCUGGCUACAACUGCUCCGUGUUUGCCUACGGUGCUUCAGGGGUUGGGAAGACCCACACCAUGAUGGGCUCCAAGAGCACUCCUGGCAUUGUGCACCUGGCCACGGUGGAGCUCUACAAGAGGCUCGAGGCCAUGAAGGACAAGAGCUGGGAGGUCCUGGUCUCCUACCUGCAGGUGUACAAAGAGCGUGUCUACGACCUGCUGAAGCCCCAGGGUCCUCUGAACGUCUGGGAGCAGCCUGGGAAAGGAGCCGUGGCACAGGGCCUCUCCUUCCACCAGCCCACCUCUCCAGAGCAGCUCCUGGACAUGUUGGCCAAAGGCAACAAGAACCGGGCACAGCGUGCCACCAAGGCCAACGCCGCCUCCUCCCGCUCCCACGCCAUCUUCCAGAUCCAGGUGAAGCAGCGGGACCCCGGCGGGGACCUGCGGGUGGCCAAGCUCAGCUUCAUCGACCUGGCGGGCUCGGAGCGAGCCUGGGAAACGCCGGGCCGGGGAGAGGGGCUGUGGGAGGGCACCAGCAUCAACCGCUCGCUGCUGGCCUUCAAAAGCGUCGUCCGUGCUCUGGCCGGAGCCAAGGGCGGGCAGAGCCACGUGCCGUUCCGGGACAGCAAGCUGACGCUGCUGCUGAAGGACUCGCUGGUCGGCAGCUUCCGCAGCACCGUGAUCGCGGCCGUGAGCCCCGCGGCGCCCGCCGGCCCCGACACCUACAGCACGCUGCGCUUCGCCAGCCGGGCCAGGCACAUCCUGCUGCCGUCCUCGCAGGACACAGGGACGUCUCCCUGCAGCUCCAGAACAGACUCCCUGCCCGAUCUGCAGCUCCAGGCCAGGACACCAAGUCCCCUUCAGCAGGACCUGCAGGACCAGCAGCAGAACCUCUGCCCUGAUGAAAUUACUGUGAAGACAAAGGAAGUGGAGGAGCCCAAAGGGCUGAAGGAGUCCAGAGAGCUGGAGGAGCCCAGAGGGAUGGAGGAGCCCAAGGGGCUGGAGGAGCCCAGA